AUUUUAGAGUAAGUGCUAGGUACAACACGCAAACAAUUAGUACAACAGAAAAUACAGUUUAGUCACAAUGUGAAGGGAAAUAAAGCAGAUCUUAACACACAUACGACACCCACAUGCCCAGCGUUCAUUAGCAGUAGAAAAAUCAAUGAAUGACAAACCUUGGUCACAAGAUUACAAUCCAUCGAAAUCGCGACUACAAACAAAAGAUUUCGGACUAUCCAACACGUCGCCGCAUUCCCCACAUGUCUUUCCAAGUGUAAAUUUAUUCGUCUCCGCAUCAGAGGGUCAACUGGCAACCAAUUAAGCCCCAGAAACGCACGAAAGCAGUCUGAUUUUUGGGCAUAGUAUAACUGCUCUUGAUUCCAUUCUAAAAAUGGCAGAGGGCGACCAUUCAGUGGAGAGAACUGAGCUUCCGGCUCCGAUGAUUUCCCGUAAGGAGGUCAGUAUCUGGGCUAUUUUGAAGAACUGUAUCGGCAAGGAUUUGAGCAAAAUCACCAUGCCGGUCAUGCUGAACGAACCACUGAGCUUCCUGCAGAGACUCUGCGAGUACAUGGAGUACGCACAACUGUUGACUAAGGCUGCUCAACAGGAAUCUCCGGCCGACAGGAUGAAAUACGUGGCGGCUUUUGCCGUGUCAGCAUUAGCUUCAAACUGGGAGCGUCUGGGAAAACCUUUUAAUCCCCUUCUUGGGGAAACAUACGAACUGCAAAGAGGCGAUUACCGAAUUGUCUGCGAGCAAGUUUCUCACCAUCCUCCAGUUUCUGCAUUCCAUGCGGAAUCCAAAGACUUUAAGUUUCACGGCACAAUUAACCCAAAAAUCAAGUUUUGGGGAAAGAGUGUUGAGGUUAAUCCUAAGGGAACCGUCACCAUCGAGUUUCCAAAAUGGAAUGAAAGUUAUAGUUGGACUAAUGUCAAUUGCUGCGUUCACAACAUAAUUGUGGGCAGACUGUGGAUCGAGCAAUAUGGGAAAAUGGAAAUCGUCAAUCAUUCCACUGGUCAUGUGGCAAGUCUCACAUUCAAAUCAGCCGGAUCUGGAGCAAAAAACUUGCAUCGAGUUGAAGGCUUUGUAAAGGAUGCAAGUGAAACAAACAUAUACUUUCUGUAUGGCAAAUGGACCGAGUUUAUUAAAUGCUGUUCUGCCGAGUCCUACGUUCAGUAUCUAAAACAGGGAUCCAGAAAGAAUGACGACUAUGAUGGCUCGCCAAACGGAACCCCAAAGAAAAUGUUCUCGAAAUUGAAUAGUUUUAAGUUGAACUCAUUUCGCAGCUUAUCCAUUCAAGACAACGACAGCUACCCACCCCUCGAGCAAGAAGGUGACAUACCCAAGAGUGAUUCUGCGUAUUCAAUUGAUAUACCCGACUCAUCCACUUUAUGGAGUUGCAAGCCCAGACCAUCCAAUAGUAACGAGUAUUACCAGUUUACGCAUUUUGCGAUGCAGCUUAACGCCAUGAAUAACAAUAUGAAACCACCGCUAACACUUUGCCCUACCGAUUCGCGACUGCGACCUGAUAUAUUAUACCUAGAGGAAGGAAACUUGGAUGGUGCGUCCAAGGAAAAAACACGUCUCGAAGAGAAACAAAGGCACACACGGAAACAAAGGAAAUCCACCAAUAACGAUGACUGGACUCCAAGAUGGUUUAAAUACGUAACCAAGACCGACGAUUGGCUAUAUAGUGGAGGCUAUUGGGACCGAAAAUACGAAAACUCCGAUACGAUAUUUUAGAUACAUUUUGUAGAAGCUUACAGUAUAUAUAUAUUUGUAAAAAUUUGCGAGUUGUGUAAACUUAGGAAUCGUUGAUAACUGGAUAAUUGUACGUGGUACUAAUGAUUGGGAAACAUAACUUUUCACUUCACUUCGAGUUGUAUACAAUCACGUGAGACCAUAGACGUCAUGUGGUAGUAUGAUCCGGUAUGUUGACCUCUAGUCGAUUAAGUCGCACAAGCAUCCAUACAAAUAUUUAGUUCAACGCUUACUUUCGGUAGUCUUUAUGUAUGUGUAUAAAUAGUUGUUAAUUCGUGACGAUUGCAUACGAAGCUAUUAAAAUGUUAUUCAGUUAUUUGUUGCGCUAUAAUGCAAAAUAGUA